CAUGCAAUACUCUUUGGUUAAAUGUCACUCAAUGUCACUUUGGUACUGCUGAAGCUGAAUGCUGAUAUCACGGUCACAAAAAUUGUCAUUGCGUAUCUGAAAACUAAACAGGUUUAAGAGAUUUAAACACUUUGCAGCAUAUUUACAUUGCUUAUUACAGAAAAACCCACACUAAUAUAAUGGGUGAGACUAAAGAAAACAUUUUCCUUUUCGUUCCCAAUAUAAUUGGAUUUGCGCGUAUCUUCCUUGCUAUUAUAGCAUUUUAUUAUAUGCCUACCCAUUGCGUAUUGGCAUGUAUUUGCUAUGUAACUUCGGCUUUAUUGGACGCGGUCGAUGGUCAUGCCGCGAGAUAUCUCAAUCAAAGUACUAAAUUUGGAGCUAUGUUGGACCAGCUGACUGAUAGAGCGGGAACAGCCGGCCUCAUGAUGACACUGGCAACAUUUUAUCCUCGUUACACUUUCUGGCUGCAAAUGUCUAUGGUUAUUGAUAUAACUGGGCACUGGUUAUACCUUCACACUUGCACCCUCCAAGGGAAGACGUCACAUAAGUUUAUAGAUAUGUCCGAGAAUCCAAUAAUGCAUGUGUACUAUACCAACAAAACUGUACUUUUCCUUAUGUGUGCUGGAAAUGAAGCAUUUUAUGCUACACUGUAUGUUAUGCACUUCUUUACUGGACCUACAGUGUUUGGUAUAGGUUUAUUCAAUUUGAUAGCUGUACUGAUAUUGCCAGUAGCAGUUGUGAAGGCUGGAAUUACAAUUGUCCAUCUCAUUGUGGCGUCUCUCAACUUGUCUAUCAUUGAUGUGAACGAAAGGGCCGCUAUUGCUGAGAAACAGAAGAACUAAAUGUUAACGGUAUUUGACUUCCUUCUAAAAUAUAUCACUUAAUUUUAUUUCAUGAGUAUUAAGGUUUUGUGUUGUAUUUCCACUGUCUAAAUACUUGUAUAAAACAAAGUCAUUCCUUGCAUACCCGUAGAAAAAUCAGCCAACAGUAUGUGGAAUUUUAUAUUUUAAUUUGAUUUUUUGUGUACUAUUUGUCAAUUUUAUCUCGGAAAAAUGUAUGAAUAAGUUUGAGGUUUUAAAAAUCUGAUAUAUUUUUACAUUAUUAAUUUAUCCCUAUUCUGUGUAUAAUUCUAGUCAAAAAUACAAAGCAGUUAUAUUUCAUCAUUCUUGAAAGAUUUUUAAGCCUUUAAGCUUCUAUGUCAAAGAAUCAUACCUUUUUUCCUUAUUUAAUGGGGUUAUAGAACUAUAUGUUGCUCGAAUUUUACUGUUUAUUUGUAUAAUAGUUUUUAUAUAAAAUUAAGUACAAUUUUAAUAAUAAAUGUUGUAAAUGUCAAU